AUGACGUGGCACAGCAGCCAGAAGCAUCUCUCCUGCCUCGUGGCGCUCCUUCUCGCCUUCGCCGCAUGGGCCUUCAGCGUGGGCGGGGCAGCCAAGAUGUUGCAGCAGAGCGACGUCCUGGUCCUGCUGGCGUGCCUCGCUGCCUUCUUCCUCGGCAGCGCCAGGGAGGGCAGCAGGAAGACGAGCCCCGUCGUCGACCAGCUGGUGGACCCAGAGCGCUCCCUGGAGCGCACCAUCGAGCGCCUCGACGAGGCGGUGAAACAGGGCGGCCGGCCCGACAAGGUGGCGUUCAGGGAGGCGCUUCACGCGUACUCCCAGCUCGGCAGGGUCUCCGAGGCACAGCAGUUGUUCGAGCAGAUGUCAUCCUACGGGCUCGUUCGCGACGCUAAGGCCUACAGCACCCUGAUCAGGGCCUACGCCUCCAACAACAGGGCGGAGGAGGCGGUGGCCCUCUUCGCUGCGAUGCGGGAGGAUGGCGUCAGACCCGGCCGGUUUGCUUACCACGACGCGGUCUGCUGCUUAGUCAGGCUCCAAAGGCUCGAGGACGCCAUCGCGCUAUACAACGAGAUGGUCCGAUCGAAGGUGCCCGCCUGCGGCAGCACCUGCCAGUGCCUCGGCCACGCCUGCCAGAAGCGCGGCUGGACCGGCCUCGCGGACCAGAUCAUCCGGGACAUCGCGUUCGGCGAGAAGACCGAGCUCGUGCUGGACGCGCCCUCGGACGCUUCCACGGCGUGCGGGGACGGCGCGGAGGGCUCGGAGUCGGAAUGA